AUAUAUGGGAAGCAUUAAGAGCACAAAAGCCAUCUAGACCAGCUACACCUAAUAUGACAACUGAGGAAGAAAAUCAACUUCAGAGGGCGAUUCAGGCUAGCUUAGUGUUAUACCAAGAGAGUACAACAGGAUCUAUUGGAGAUACUACAAAUUCAGCAAAUAUAAGUGAAAACGAAGACAGCGAUUCUCUUGAAGGUACGGCAGAACAAUUAAGACUAGCGUUGAAACUUUCCGAACAACAACAAAUAGAAGAGGAGCAACGACGAUUGGUGGAAGAAGAAACAUUUCGUCAAGUAUUGGAGUUAUCUUUGACUGACAAGUAAAUUUUUAACAGUGUGCAACAGUGAUAAAAAAAGAAAGACACAAAGAUGUAUUAUAGCACAAUGUAUGUAUCGUUACGGACCCAGUUUGUGAUCAGUAUCCAAUUGUUGAUCAGUCGUUAAAAAAGUAUUACAGUAUUAAGAUGUUGGUCAUAAAAAGUAGUUCGAAAAAUUUUUUGAGAUAUGAAUUAAUUUUUCCAACAUUUAUAUCUUUUUUUGACUAAUGUUUAUGACUAAAAGUUUACUAUAAUACUUUUUUAGCUAAUUGAUCAAAAAUUGAGUACUGAUCAAAAACAGGGUCCGUGACAAUAUAUGUAUAUACAGUGUCCUAUUUGAAGCAGAACUAUGAUCUCAAGAAUCUAUUAGAUCACAAAAUGUUUCAGACAAAAGUUGUACGGAUUUGACUAGGAAAAUGAUGAUUUAAAAAAACUUUUUAGGCUCUCUAAAUUCUAAUAAGAAAAUUACAGAAUAAAGUCAUACGAACCGCUUUUUUAGAAUGUUAUGCAGAAAUAUAUAGUAUAUAUAUGUAUACACAUAUGUAUAUAUGUAUUUACGUGUAAAUUAUUACACGUGAAAUUUUGAAUUAAAAAUACAAUUCUUAAAUUCAUAUAAGAUGCUAUUUUUGCAUCACAUAUAUGAUAGACCCCGAACACCCCCGUAACUAAUUUUUAAAAUAUUGCAACAAAAACUCAGCCAGGAAUCGAACCUGGAAUCUCUGGCUUUCCGGGCCGUCGCCUUCCCUGUUAGGCCACCGAGGCACUUGGAGCUCGUCUUGCUAUACUUAAUACAUGUAUCAAAGAUAGUUUUUGAUAAUAAUAAACGCAUUUUUAUAAGACCGGCGUGAUUUAAAGAAACUUUUCAGGCUCUCUAAAUUCUAAUAAGAAAAAAUUACAGAAUAAAGUCAUACGAGUCG